AUGCCCUUCGACUUCCAAAAUGAGCCAACAAAUUUUGGACAUGAAAUGCUUGCACAUUUCUCUUUUGCGCCAGGUUACCGAAACUUGAAUCAUGGUUCAUUUGGAGCAUCACCCCUCAAAAUUCGAGACAAAGCCAACGAGCUGCGCAAUGAAUGUGAAACAACCCCGUGUCCUUUCAUCAAGUACCGUUUCCCCCAAUUGUUGGACGAAUCUCGUGCUGUGAUGUCCGAAUUCCUCGGUGUGCCUGAAUCCACGAUUGUUUUCGUACCAAACGCGACCACUGGAGUCAACACAGUUUUGAGAAAUAUGGUAUGGAACACCGAUGGAAAAGACGAAAUUCUUCAGUUGGAUGUGAUAUACGGGGCUUGUGGGAAAACCACGAGUUAUGUGUGUGAAGCCAAUGGAGACAAGGUUCACACCAGAGAAAUUGGGUUCAUUUAUCCAGUUGACGACUUUGAGAUCGUUCGGGCGUUUCGAGAAGCCAUCGAGGCCUCGCGAAAAGAUGGAUUUCGCCCGCGUAUUGCAAUAUUUGACACAAUUUCAUCUAAUCCUGCUAUUCGUCUUCCUUCCGAGAAACUUACCGCACUCUGUCAUGCAGAAGGUGUACUUAGCUUGCUUGAUGCUGCCCAUGGGAUUGGUCAAAUUGAACUGAAUUUGGUAUCACUGGACCCAGACUUCUUGGUCAGUAAUUGCCACAAAUGGUUGUUCACUGCUCGUGCGUGUGCAGUGUUUUAUGUCCCUGAACGAAAUCAAGCAAUGAUGCGAAGUACUUUGCCUACAAGCCACGGGUUCAUCACUCGGUCGACAGAGACAAUGUCCAUGGAAAAGUUCACAGAUGAGGCGCACCAAAAGACAACUUUUGUUUCCAAUUUCGAGUUCGUCGAUGGAGACGUAGAGUGCGGUGGUGAAGAGGAAAUCCGGAAUUACUGUAUUCAACUUUGCCACAAAGGGGGUCAGAAGGUUGCAGAGAUCUUAGGAACAAGAAUCUUGGAGAAUCAUGCGCGGACUUCGACAGACUGUUGCAUGGUAGAUAUUCUCCUUCCUUUACGCACACCUACUGAGGGCGAUGGGUGUCUGGUGAAAGGCAAAGACGGCCCCGAUAUCACUGUCACUGAGUGGAUGCAGCAGAACAUGAUAAAAUACUACAAGACAUUCAUGCCGGUCUUUCCGUUUCAGGGGUCUUGGUGGGUCCGAUUGAGUGCGCAGAUCUAUCUUGAAGAGAGCGACUUUGAAUGGGCUGGCCGGACGCUGAAGGAGCUUUGCGAGAAGCUGCAGGACAUGGAAAAUUGA